AUGUUAAUAGAACUUAGAAAUGGCGCAAUGUUUUAUGCCGCAGGCAAGGUUGUACAUGGAUUUGGUCGUGGUUCAAAGCAGUUGGGUAUUCCGACAGCUAAUUUGGACGCGUCUGUUGUCGCUCGGCUACCUAGCACAGUUGCCAACGGUAUAUACUUCGGCUGGGCCCGAGUGGAGGGGUAUCCCGUUUGCAAAACAGUGGUGAGUAUUGGCUGGAAUCCGUUCUUCAGGAAUACUACCCGAUCAGUCGAGGCCCAUCUAAUCGAACGGUUUGAUGAGGACUUUUACGAUCGGGUGAUGCAUCUACUCAUCCUAAAAUAUCAUCGACCAGAGAAGGAUUUCGACAAUUUGGACGCUUUGGUCGACUGCAUUCAUGAGGAUAUUCGCCAGGCGAACCAGUACCUAGACAAACCGGAAGCCACAAUCUGGAAUCACACAAAUUGGUUCGAUCUCUACACGGUGCCCAAGUCUCCUAUUUAGAUUAUUCACUAUCUGUGCCAUAGGCCCAUUCUAGUCUUUGUUCAUCGAUGUCGAUAUGUCGUCUCUCAGUUUCUUUCCCUCCCCCUUUUAUAUGGCUGUGGUUAUAUCACGAUUUCAAAGAAUGUUGGCAAU